CAAUCACACGUGUUGUGGUUUGAAGAAAUGUCGGCCGACGAUUCAGUACAAGACUCAAACUCUGCCAAUUCUCAGGCGGAGGAAAAGGUUGACUGGAGGAAAAGGAAAGCAGAAUUAAAGGAGAACAGGAAGCAAUGGAAAAAGGCCAAACUCAUCAAGAAGCUGGAAAAGCAGAAGCAGAAAGAGGCUGCAGAGAGCACAAAACCUGAAGAAAGCCAGACCGAAAGAGGUCGUGCUUACACGGUAAGUGUUGCGCUUCCCGGCUCCGUCCUGGACAACGCUCAGUCGCCUGAACUCCGUACGUACUUGGCGGGACAGAUCGCUCGAGCUUGUGUAGUUUUCUCUAUUGAUGAGAUUGUCGUGUUCGAUGAGCAAGGCGAGGAUGUCAAGAGCGUUGAAGGAGUAUUCACAGGCGUCGGGAAGAAGGGCCAAGCAUGUAUUCAGCUUGCCAGGAUACUACAGUACAUGGAAUGUCCACAGUACCUUCGCAAGUGGUUUUUCCCAAUGCACAAGGACCUACAGUACGCAGGUUUGCUCAACCCUCUCGACAGCCCUCACCACAUGAGGAUAGACGAAGAGUCUGAUUAUCGGGAGGGAAUCGUCCUCAACAAACCUCCGAAACAGGGAAAAGGCUCACUGGUCAACUGCGGGAUGAGGAAGGAAGUGAGAAUUGAUAAACAACUUCAGUCAGGACUUCGAGUCACGGUCCAGCUCAGCAAGACGCAGAAUCAAGAAAGCAAACUAUAUAAAGGAGUCGUCGUGGCUCCUCAUGUGCCGAGAACCCGAGAUGGUCUUUACUGGGGCUACACCGUCCGCCUGGCGUCUUGUCUCAGUUCAGUUUUUACAGAAAGUCCUUAUAAGGAAGGAUACGAUCUGACCAUCGGGACCUCUGAGAGAGGCAGCAACGUGGACCAAGCCACACUGUCUCCAUUCAAACAUCUCUUGGUGGUUUUUGGAGGUCUUCAGGGUUUGGAAGCCAGUGUUGAUUCUGACCAAAACUUGGACGUUACCGACCCCGGAGUUUUAUUUGACCUUUACCUCAACACAUGCCCCAGUCAGGGCAGCAGGACCAUUCGAACUGAGGAGGCCAUCCUAAUUUCCAUGGCAGGACUGAGACAAAAGAUCGCAGCUGCUUUUCCAGGUGUUUCCAGUAAUUCAUGAACAAAUAAACGCAAUACAAUCAACUAUCUGACUUAUACAUUGUUCGUGUUACCCAGUUUUAAUUCAGACUUUUUCUAAAUUGAUCCAUGAAUUGUACAUAUUUAAAUAGUUGCACAUGCUUAUGCCAACUUUCUGUCUUUAACCACAUAAAUAGUUUGUUGUUUUUUUGGGAUAAAAUUGUACUGAAUGUUUAAUGAAAAGCUGAAAAAACAAAGACAACAUGGAAACAAGAUUGAAGUUUCAGUUUUCUGAGCUUUAUAGUCCAAACAUCUCUGCAUUAAGGUAAAUUAAGGUAAAGUGUACACGACUAAUUACAUUAGUGGUACACGACAAUAGUUCUUGGUUAGUAUGAAUUAUUGUUUUCAGUGUCUUCAUAAUGCAAUCACAUUCACUUGCCAAAUAUGUUGCUCGCUUGUGUUCUUGGAAAUAUUUUCGGAGGUUAUUUUCUCGUACCGGCAAAUGUGGAAUCAACUGUAUAAUUCUGAACGGUGUCAUUUGAGCUCCCAUUUCCUGUGUCAGAUAUUGCACAGAGUUUCUUGGUUUAAUGUUUAAAGAAAUGAGGAAAAACAAAAGGCAAAUCUUAUAUCACUGUUCCAAGCUGUUAAAGGCACGCUAUGUAGCAAUUCCACUUCUGACCACACGGGGAAGUGCAUUUUUAGAAAGUUAAUGUGUCAACACCUGGGACAAAACACAACUAAGUCCACCUCUAGUGAUACAAAGUGUUAUAAUUCAAUUAAAGUUGUCUCUGUGCUUUCCAGAGACCCCGAACGAUAACAAUACGUGGCCCCGCCCCUUCGCAUAAACACAACAUUGUCAGUGACUCCUGUCAACACAGCAGAUCUAGAUUCCUCCAUGUAGACAGAAGUGGUGUUGCUAUAUACAGUCACUUCAAUAUCUUAGAUUUAACUGGUAAUAUAGACUAAUACUCUUCUUGAUCCUUCACUCUCUUCCUGUGCAUUUUUGACACGUUUUCAAAUAGUUUGUCCUGGUUGCCAGUUAAGAUGAUUAAACAGUUAUGAGAGCUUUUCCCAUGUAUAGAUGUUCUCCGCAAUUAUGUCUUGAUGUUUAACGAGUUGUUAAAUCCAACACCAUCAAAAAUA